AUUUCUCCCACCCAUCUGAAUCAUUUACAUUGACCCAACCAUGCCACCAAAGAAGGCCGCUGCCGAGCCCGUCAACGCCGUUCGAUUCGGCCGAGUCAAAAACAAUCUCAAAAUGGGUGUAGUGGGAUUGCCAAAUGUCGGCAAGUCGUCCUUGUUCAAUUUAAUGACCGAACAAGCUGCGGCUGCAGAGAACUACCCUUUUUGCACGAUCGAGCCCAAUGAAUCCCGCUGUCCCGUCCCAGAUGCCCGCUACGACUACCUCUGUGAUAUCUGGAAGCCUCCAUCCAUGUACCCCGCCUACCUCCACAUCACCGACAUUGCAGGGCUCAUCAAAGGCGCGAGCGAGGGCCAAGGACUGGGAAACGCAUUCUUGUCGCAUAUUCAGGCUGUAGAUGGGAUUUACCAUGUUGUUCGGGCAUUUGACAAUCCGGACGUUGUGCACGUGGAUGAUUCAGUAGAUCCUGUGCGUGAUUUGGAGACGAUCUUGUCAGAGUUGUGCAAAAAGGAUUUGGAAAUUGUGGGGAAAGCCAUUACCGCAGAAGAGUUGGCUGUGAAAAAGGCGGGAGGAAAGUACAAGCUUUCCACCUUGUUUUUGGAAACUAUGGAAAAAUUGAAAAAGAUGCUCGAGGAGAAUAUCCCAGUCUCCAGCGGAGAAUGGUCAACUGCUGAAGUCGAACUCAUCAAUGAGAAAACCCGUCUCAUCACCACCAAACCCGUCAUUUACCUCGUCAACCUCAGCAAAGCCGACUUUAUCCGCCGGAAAAACAAGUGGCUUGCCAAAAUCGCUGCCUGGGUUUCAUCCCACGGCGGAGGCUCCAUCAUUCCCUUUUCCAUUGAAUACGAACAAGCUCUUUGGGAAGCCCGCACCACUUCUUCCACGUCAGAAGACCUUCCAGUCCCCUCCACCUUACCCAAAAUCAUCACAACAGGCUACUCCUCCCUCAACCUUAUUUACUUUUUCACAGCGGGCGAAAAAGAAGUCCGAGCGUGGUGUGUUUAUAACGGCGCACUAGCGCCCCAAGCCGCCGGUGUCAUCCACUCUGACUUUGAACGAGGAUUCAUCAAAGCAGAAGUUGUCGCGUUUGAUGACUUUAAAUCUUUGAGUGAUGGGUCCAAGAGUAUGGCGGCUGUCAAGGCGGCGGGCAAGUACCGACAGGAAGGGAAAGCGUAUGUUGUCAAGGAUGGGGAUAUUAUUCAUUUUCAGUUUAAUGUCACGGCGCAGAAAAAGAAAUAGAUUAUGUAGAAGUGUGUAGAUACAUUUAUUUUAUUUAUGGGAUAUCUGUAUAUGCAUAGAGACUGUGGAUUUAAUGGAAGAGUUUUGUGUGUGUGUGUGUGUGUUUUUUUUUGGGGGGGGAUUGAUAGUCAUAAUCUGAAAAGACAGGCGCCGGUACUGCUGUGACUCUUGGACCUUGCUAUAUGUAUCACAUCUCACGCGCUGUUUGAAAUCCUUACGAACGUACGUGAUUUAGCAUAUGGUCGGGGAACACAGUAUGGACAUCUUGAUGUAGAUUGACUUGUGUUUCACGUCGUAUAAGACUGACAAUGUAUUUGUCUGAUGCAAUAAUG